AUGAUUGAUUACCAUCUUUGUGCGUAUGAACGACGCCCAUAUCUGGUCAAUGAUGAUGACAUCAUUCAUAUCGAAUAUGACAAUCACAUAACAAAAUCACCAGACUUUUCAGAAUUCCCAAAUCUUGAAAAGUUGAUAUUGAAAGGUUGCAAGCUGCGAAAUGCUAAGGAUCUCCCACUGAAUUUCUAUAAAUCCAAGUCUAUUGAAACUCUUAUACUGAAUGGUUGUUCAAGAUUUGAAGACUUGGCCGAUGGCUUAGGGGACAUGGUAUCAUUGAAAAUUUUGAGAGCAAAUAAGACAUCCAUCAGACGAAUUCCAUCUUCCAUAGUAAAAUUGAAGAACUUAGAACAUCUGCUUCUUGCAAACAAUUACUUUCGUAGCCUACCAAGUCUCGCUGGUCUUUUAGAGCUCAAGGUCUUGUGUUUAAAUGCAUGCAGAAAACUUGUUGCAAUCCCAGAUUUACCCACCAAUUUGUAUGUUCUGAAAGCCGUUGGCUGCCCAGAAUUGGAAACAAUUCCAGAUUUUUCAAAAAUGUGGAAUAUGAGAGAAUUGUAUCUCAGUGAUUCAUUCAAACUCACUGAGGUUCCAGGCUUGGAUAAGUCAUUAAACUCCAUGACAAGGAUUCAUAUGGAAGACUGCACCAAUCUGACUGCCGAUUUUAGGAACAACAUCCUACAGGGAUGGACGUCUUCCGGAUAUGGUGGAAUUUAUUUGAAUGGAAUUUAUGAUAUUCCUGAGUGGUUCGAAAUCGUCAGUGAUGUGGACAAUAUCGUCUUCUUUGAAGUUCCUCAAACAAUCAUGGGUCGUGAUUUAAAGGGAACUUGCAGUGGACCUGAAGACGAUUAUCUUUGGCAUGGACAAUUGUCAAACGAUGUGCUCUGUUUGCAAGGCGGGGACCGAGUCUCCAUUCUUGUAAAGCCUGAUGAUGUUGAUUUUGUGAGAGUGAAGAAGACAGGAAUUCAUCUAGAAUGGGACAAAGUCAUGAAGGAAAAUAUGGAUAAUCCGGAUCCUCAUUUGUAUGAUUGGAAAACAAAUGGGAGCUGA